GCUCGUGAAAUCUUGAUGCUGAGAUUUAUGAGUAUACGAAUGUCAAGUCGCGUGUAAAAAGAAGAUAUAAUAGUACAUAUUCUCAAAUGCAAAUAAAGGUAUAAAUCAAUAAAAAAUCGUCAAUACUGAAACAUAAUAAUUUAUUAUUUUAUUCAUCUGUGUAUCUAACAUUAUUUUACUCUAUAUGUUAGAAGUGUCUGUACAGCAUAUACAAGACUCAACAUGAAAAAAGGCUAAUCUAAAAAUCAACUAAGAUUAUACAUAUAUAUUUCAAAAUGGAUGAGCGUAGCAAAUAUUUUAGAUUUUGUUUUAUCAUUUAUUUAGUUGCACUAAAUAAUUUUGGAUUCGGUUUGUCUUCAAAUAUAAGUACUUUAAAAAAGAAUGCAAGAAUCAUUGUCAUUGGUGCUGGACCCUCGGGUAUUGCAGCCACAACAAAAUUAAUGGAAAAUGGAUUUGAUAAUGUGACGAUCUUAGAAGCAGAAGACCGUAUAGGCGGUCGUGUUUACACUACAAAAUUGGGUAAUUAUUCAAUAGACAUUGGUGGUCAGUGGGUACAUGGACAAGAUGGAAACGUUGUGUUUCAAUUAGCUUAUCCCUUAGGACUUGUUGACGUAUCAGAUGCGCCACGUUAUGGUACAAAAGAAGAAUUUUUAGAUUCCUCCGGGAAUUUAGUAGAUGCCGAAACAGUUACAAAAGUAGGGGAAUUUUUCAACACUCAUAUAUAUAAUGAUGAUAAAAUUAAUGCGGGAUACGAAAGUAUAGGCGAAUAUGCCGAAAAGGAGUUCGACGAAGUGUUUAAGAAUGAUCCAAUAAUUUUGAAUCAGAAAAGAAAAUUUCUUCAUUUUCUAGAAUUAUCAAUCUUAGAAUCAGAUUCUGCUUUCUCUUGGCAUGAUGUCUCAGCACCCGGUUAUGCAGUAUAUAAAAUCUUUGCAGGCGAUCAAUUGGGUAAUUGGAAAGAAAGAGGUUAUUCCACGAUAUUGGAUAUAUUAAUGAAACGCUAUCCUGAUCCAGAAAAUGAAAUUCCAGUCAUCAAUAACACUAUGCUAAAUGCUGAAGUUAUGUCAAUUGAUUAUUCGCAAAAUGUAGAAAGGUCACCAGUCUUGGUUACCACUACUGAAGGACAGGUGUAUAAAGCUGAUCACGUUAUAGUAACUGUACCAUUGGGUGUUUUGAAGGCGAAACACCAGACUCUUUUUAUACCACCCCUACCUGAUUAUAAAAUCAACGUUAUAAAUUAUACUGGAUUUGGUGCAGUAGCAAAGAUUUUUAUGUUAUUUGAUGAGCCUUUUUGGAAUUCAGAAAAUAAAAAAAGAGUGUUACAUUUUUCUUUUGUUUGGAACGAAGAUGACAGACAAAAAAUCGAAGCCGAUCCCGAUAAAAAGUGGUUAUAUGGGAUGGAUAGUGCAAUGACGGUAGAGUACAAACCACAAUUGUUGUCGCUAUGGGUCACUGGAGAAAGCGUGAAAGAUAUGGAGGCCCUUCCGGAAGAAACAGUUUUCAACCAUUCAGUAGAACACCUCAAAAGAUUUUUAGGCAAGAAGUAUAAUGUAAGCACACCAAUUGCGAUGAUGCGUAGUCGAUGGUACAGCAAUCCUCAUUUCAAAGGAACUUACAGUUAUCGUAGUGUAGAAACACACAAGCAACAAGUAUUCCCGGAAAUGUUGGAACGGCCGUUGGAUGUCCAAAAUAUGAAAAUACUUUUUGCUGGUGAAGCCACAGAAUCAGAGAGAUUUUCAACAGUAGAUGGAGCCAUCAGAUCCGGAUGGAAAGCAGCAGACCGACUAAUAGAUCAUUACAAAAAAAAUGAAUAAACCUGUAUCUGCACAGGCAGCAUAACCACUUUGUUACAUUACAAUAAAUUUUGUCAUAUCGUUUAAAUAUUAAUGAAUACUAAUCCUUGUCAGCAAAUUAUAAAAUAUUAGUAGAGAA